AUGACCGACCACGACGAAGGCUUCCGCUCCGUCACUGGCCUGCCCGAGACCGCAGACCCGGCGUCGGCAGCUGAAGACAGCGCGCCGCCCGCUGCGAACACGCCCGGUGCUACCGGUGCCACAACAAACCCAAUCACGCCCGCCCACACCUCGCUGCGCUCGUCCAGUGGCGCCCCCCCACGGCCGACCGCGACGCACUCGCAGACGAACUCGCCCAUGUCCUCGCGCGACCCCUCGCCCUCGCGCUCGUCCCAGCCCCACCGCCAGACGCCCGCCAUGGCCGGCCCUGCCCGCCGCGUCCAGAGGUCGAGGAAGAACAGCAACCAGGACGGCAGUCCGAACCGUCCCUCCGCCCUCGCCAACCAGACCACCACCGCCCCGUCCGCUGCCGCCAUCCAGCGGGCCCUUGCGUCUGCAAACACACCCCAGCUCCAGCCGACCCCGGCGGACUCGACCCGUGUCCCGAGACCGCAUAAGUCGAACAACCACGGCGACAGCACACCCCACUGGCCCGUCUCGCCGCGUCUCAAGUCACCUCCCCCCUCCCACAGUCGCUCUCGCCGCAAUUCACUACGCUCCCAGCAGCAGCAGCAACAACAGCAACAGCAGCUGCAACCACCUCACCAGGCUCGGCCCCAAAGACCGGACCCGCCCCAGUCAACCCAGUCCGCCCCCAACAUCGUCGUCGAGCGCACCGCUACGCCGCCCAGCGCUCCGGCGAAGCAGAAGAAUGAGCCGCCGCCUAGCGAUUCGGAAGACCAAGACGGCACCAACAUGGUCCGGAAGGGCUCCGGAAGGACCGUGAGCGGCGCUCCUCCGGCGCUGGAGACCGUGCAGGAGGCCAGUCUCCCGACAUCGCCGGGGUUCGACGUUUUCCAAGCACACAGUAACAAUCCCGCCAAAUCGUCCAGUGACGACACCGUUGUCGCUAACUCAACAGAAUCGGUGAAAGAAAAUUCAAAAGCUCGGGAAAGUGGAAGCGAGAGCGGGGGGAACAACAGAUCCGAAGACCGCGGUAGACGAACGGAACAGAAGAAAGCCAGCAGCGCGCGACCCUCUGCGACGUCGAGAGGCUCGUUCACCGGCCUCGUCCCUGGCAAAUCCAGAUCCGUCACGGAACCGUCGAAGAACAUGACCGUCGAAACCGAAACCGUGCGCUCGGUUCCUCAAGGGGUCAUGGGCCAACCGCAAGGCGGUCCUGCGCCAGGCCGCGGAGAGCCCAGCGGCAGCCUCCGGUUGAAGCUGAGCAACGAGACCAUCCGACCGAGGAGGGAGAAGAGGAGGACAGUACGGAAAGCGCCGUCGAUUACUUCCGGCACGGGUAGGUAUCCACCGCAGCUAGUCCGCAAUCCAUUCAGCCACCAUCAUGUUCCCGUCGUCGAUCCCGUCAGCCCCGUCAGACCAGACCUGCAGGUCCGAUCCAACACCAUUCCACCACUCAGCACGACAGACUCCAACAUCCAGUCCUUCCGCUCUUUGGGCUUCCCGAGCCCUGGCGACCUUUCACAGUUCACCCAAACCCCUUCGACGACUGUCAGCAAACAGAUGAGCUCAAAAUAUACUAACGACUCUCCACGCAAAGCAUCUUCAAAAGCAGACAUAUUCGAAGCCAAGGUGGCGAGUGCCGUUGACGAAGCGAAUUCAUCCGAUUCCGACGAGACGUUUGUGUACGAAUCGAACCCGCCCGACACGCAACCCCGAGCGAGCCGACACCAUUCUCGCACGCCGAGUGCGACUUCGAUGGCGAGCAUGGUGGACCACCCCCGUCUCGGUGGCGGCCUUCGAUCCAUCAACAACGUCCUCGAGGGACACCGCAGCGUCGCGGGCAAGAGAAGUAUGAAAUUCGCUAACAACCCCUACGGCAAUUCGAGCCUCGAUGAAGACGUGAGCGAACGCUUCGACGGCACGCUUCGAGGCAACCAUUCCCGGCCGAGCGGGAGCCACAGCAAUUACCACCACCAUAUAGGCCGAUACGGCCGUAACGCCGCCGUCAACUCCCUGUUCGAGGACGGGCCGGCGCCUCCGGGCUCAAAGUCGAGGAGCGUAUCCGGUUACGGUUCUCGACACGGGUCUGCGCCCAGCAGCCCAAAGUUCCCGCACUAUAGCUCCCGGACGAGUAACCCUUCGAGCAGGAAGAUGGGAGAGCUGUCUGCGUACGACAUGGAUGGCGAGGGGGCAGAUGACGAGAGGACGCCGCUGAUGGGGACCGUGCGGACCCGGAGAGCUCCUGCACGAGGGCCGAGGCCGACGAGCGCGAGCUUGCACUAUCACGAUCACUACGAACGACGCAGGCGAGGCUGUCUUCGAAGAUUUGCGGGCUGCUUCGUGCUCACCAUCAUGGUGCUCCUGCUCGCGUUCGGUGCGGUGGGCUUUUUGUUCGCCACGACAAAGCCGCUCUACAAGGUGGAGGUCGUCGAGAUACAAAACGUCCUCGCCAGCGAGCAGGAAAUCAUGCUGGACCUGCUCGUCGAGGCCGUUAACCCUAACAUCGUCGCGGUCAGCAUCGGAGAGAUGGACGUCAACAUCUUCGCGAAGAGCAAGCACGUCGGCACCGAGAAGUUCUGGCGCGACCAGCAGCCUGACGGAGUCGUCGGCCCCCGCGAGCUUGGACGCCGACGUCCUCGGGCGCCCUCGCACGAAGAUGACGAGGCGUUCCACACCUUGGAUGACGACCCGCACGACCCGGUCGAGGAUCCGGAAGGCGAUUCGCAGACGAUGCUCCUCGGCCGCAUAUUCCACUUCGAUUCGCCGCUGAACUUCGACGGUGACCCUCUCAAGCGCCGCCCUCACUACUCGAUCGGCGAGCUGCGUCUACAAAAGCCCGGCAACAAGACCGAGGCCGGUGGAACGGAACGGUGGGAGCGCGUCAUUCAAUAUCCGUUCGAACUGAUUGUGCGCGGUAUUCUGAGAUACCAGCUGCCGCUCAGCAGCAGCACCCACACCGCGCCGAUCGGAAGGAGUGUUCUUGUGAAUCCGGAAAAGGGCGUUAAUGCGGAAGGCGCGAUGUGGAUAGAGCAAAUUCGGAGAAGUCUCGUCGGCGAAGCUGGCGAGGACGAAGAGUAG